AUGUCGGUGGAUGGUCGGAGACAUUCAUCAAAAGAUACACGAAGUUGUAUUGGAGGAUAUAGAUAUGACCCGAAUCCGACUAAAAAACAAAUGCGACCACGAUAUGCACAAUCUGAUAUUGGUGAACCUUUUAUUCCACGAUUUUCGGCGAUUGCUAGUGAGGUAAGGAUUUUUGGGUUUUUUUUUAGAAUUGAGCCAAUGAAUUUUGAACUGAAAAAUAUAUAAGAUUUUUGAAAUAACAUUGCCAAAACUAUUUUUACCAUAAAAAUUACUUGAAACAUAUAAUCCUAAAAAAUCAUUUAAUUUUUCAAGACUGAAAUAAUUCAUACCUGUUUGAAGCUGGAAUACUGUGUCCAGAAUGAAGUGAAUUUUCAAGAUGUGCUUUGAAGUUCUGAAAUUUUUUUCUGAAAAACUUAUUCUCAGGCUCUUAAAAUUAUUGAACUCUGGAAUCUUUGGCAGCAUUUUUCCGCAGACACAGUUCUGCUGAAUAUUAUCUGAAAAUGAAGGUUCAGUCCGUAAAUCAGUGGCCUAAAUUCAUCGUAGUUAGCCGAAAUAUUUUUCAAAAUUCUGCGAACUUCGGUGUGCAAAUUUCAGCAUAUUUUUCCAUUUCAGAUCUAUAUAUUCUUAAAAACAUGCAUUAUUUUUUUCUAAAUAUUGCGAAAUACUUUUUCGCCUUUGCCUUUCACAAAAAAUUGUCACCUUUCAAAAAAAAAAAGCACACACACAUAUGUUUUGUGACAUUCCCCAGACAAACUCCCAAAUCCAAUUUCUUCCGAAACAAAUUUAUCUCCACUUUUCAUUUCCCAGGGAAAACAACUUCUUCCACCAAACCACGACGAUUGGGCCGAUAAUACAACAGUGUUGACUGGCGUUACAGCCGAUUCGUUCACACCAGACGAGAAAAUCAUCUAUUCGCCGCCUUUGGGACGAGUUGUUGGACGAAGGUGAGUCAUUUUGGGGUUGGGUUUGGGAAUAAAAUGUUAGGCUAACUCAUCAAUGUGAUGAGUUAUUUUUUGAUGAUUGCUUCACUUGUUUGAUUGAUUGAUUGAUUGAUCGAAUGACAUUAAUGUAUAGUAGUUUUGAUUUUCAAAGAAGGUAUGCAUUUAUUCAAAUUUUAUUUUUCAAAUGUGAAAGAAGCUAGUCAACCAUGAAAAAUAAUGGGAUGAAUCUGAUGUGAGAAUUGGUAGCUAUGAGUUGUGAUAAGUCAAAAAUUUUGAUGAUAGAAACCUGAUGUUUGUGGGGAUUUUUUCCAAGCUCCAAAAUAUUGAAGCAAUAUUUCAACGUACACAGCUUCAGUAGUUAGGCUAAGUUUGGAAUUAGAGGGUCCAAAUUUCACAAAAUUAUAUGACAUCCCCAUAAAAAUAAGUUUUCACAAAAUUAUCUUAGGUUCACAUUGAAGAGAUUUUCACUAGCUUUUAGAAACCUACUUCACGGGUUCCAUAUAUUUAAAUUUCCCUGAAUAAAUCCAAUCAACCAUGAAAAAAUCCAUGAAUUGAAAGUUGAUUUUUGGCAGAUGUUCGCGCCUUGUUUGGCUUAUCGCAUCAACAUUGCUUUGUAUAAUUGCGGUCGUCAGUGCCCCCAUUAUGUGCUCGAUGCCGAUUAUUGGCCCGUAUAUUGGAUUUGACAUGCCGCCAAUUCGAUGUGAUGUGAGUUGAAACCCAUUGUUGCAAAACUAAUUUGAUUUCUAGGUCGAUUGUGAAGGUCUACUUUUUCUAAUGGCUAUCAAAACGGUUUUCUUGAUUAUUGCAAUUGCUGUUUUAUAUUGUAGAAAAGCGGCUGGCGAUUUACCAAGAUUGUGAGUUCAUGUUUAUUUGUUUUACUUUACUAGAUGCCAGAUUCUUUUCUUGAAGUGUAGAAUUACCAUGUUUAUGUUUUUGUUUUUUCCAGAUACUUUGCUCGAGCUGCGUUGACCUUCUUGACAAUGUUUAUAUUAAUAGCCUUCUGGAUGUUUUAUACUGUCCGGAUAUUUUUGGAGAAAUAUGAUAACUACAAGUACAUUGUGAGUUGAUUUUGGAACACGUGGAUUUUCAAAACAAAAAAAAAAUUACAGGUUUCCUACUCUACCUCACUUCUUGAUGCUUUACUCUGGACCCAUUAUUUAUCUGUAAUUUUAUUGGAAUUAAGAAGACUCCGAUCUCAAUUUUCUGUAACAAUCGUUCGUGAUCCGGAUGGUGAAAUGCAUACAAUGACAAUCGGUGCUGGAUCGAUUCAAGAAGCGGCGAUUGAAAUUUUGAAAUUCUACACAACCAAUUUCUCAUCCUAUAAUGUCUAUCUUGAUAAAGCUCGUCAAACUGCUGUUGCGAAACAAGGUGGUCUUCAGAAUCAAGCUGGAUUCAAAAUGUAUAAUAUUGAACAAUUUGGUGGGCAAGAAACUGUUAGUGAGGUGAAUACGAGAGCAUUGAUGGAGGCGGCGGCGAGAAGAAGAAUUGGUGGAUAUUCGGAAGUUAUGCAGGAGGAAAUGGAGUUUGAGAAACGUGUCAAGAAGCGGAAGUAUCGAUUGAUUGCUGCUGCUGAAGAUGCGUUUUCACAUGUUCAAAGUUUGACUGAUGGUGUUCAAAAGGUAAUUUUUCUAUGGGAGAAUUUGGGGCAAAAUGAGAAUCGGUCUUGAAAAGCUCAAAUAUUCGCUUUUCUCAAGAUUUUUAACAAUUUGUAAAGAAUUUUUAAAGUGAAAUAUUAAUUUUAAGGACCUAUUUUCCCAAAAAAUUCUAGAAAAACAUAGAAAUUUGAAUAUUUUCAGAAUGGUAUGCAAAGUCAAAUGGAUUCCUUAACAGCGGCUCAAAAUGUUUUCACUUGGAUUGUUCGACCUCUCACAAAAUAUCUGAAAACCACACGUUUGCAACCAAGACAUCCAUCAGAGGCUGUAACUCGUCAUAUUGAAAGGUAAAAUUUCCCAACUUCCCCAUUUAUCUAUUACCAACUUGAUAUUUUUUCAGAUGUCUCACAUUGAAAUUAUCGCAUCGAACAUUCCUCCAACGUUUCUUCAGUGAUAGAUUCCCGCAUCAAGCAAAUGUUUCGGAAUCAAAAUGGUCGCUGAUAUGCGAUGAAGCGGUUUCUUGUUCGAUUGAGCAUGGAACAACAUUAGUUCUCAAGUCAUAUAAUCAGGAUUUGGAUUGUGGUGUACAAUUGGUUUGCACUGUAUCAUCUCUUCCAUUCUUCAAUCUCACGGAACAAUCAAGAACAUCGACGAGUAAAUUCGCAUUGAGAAUUAGUAAUGAAUCAUCAGUUUGA